GGAUUGAAGAAAUAGGCGAUCUAUAAUCUAUACCCUUCUCCCUCACCGACCGCCAUUCGCAUCCUAGAUCCGAGCUUUAGCGAUGGAUCUGCCGCCGGAGGAGCUGCAAUUCCUCACGAUUCCCGACGUGGUUAAGGAAUCAAUCUCCAUUCCGAAGCGAUCUGCGAAAACAUUUUACCUAAUCACUGUAACCUUAAUCUUCCCGCUCUCCUUCGCAAUCUUAGCCCACUCCCUCUUCACCCACCCAAUCUUUGUUCAGCUUCGCGAAAACCCUCACGCCGACCACGCCGACCAGUGGGCGAAGCUCCUCCUCUUCCAGUUCUGCUACCUCUUCUUCCUCUUCGCCUUCUCGCUCCUCUCCACCGCCGCCGUCGUCUUCACCGUCGCCUCGCUCUACACCGCCAAGCCCGUCUCCUUCGCCUCCACGCUCUCCGCCAUCCCCAGCGUCUUCCGCCGCCUCUUCAUCACUUUCGUAUGGGUUUCCCUCCUCAUGCUCGUCUACAAUGUCGUGUUUGUAGGGUUUCUCGUGCUCCUCAUCAUCGCCGUGGAUACCGAGAGCGUGGUUUUGUUCCUGUUCUCGGUCGUGGUCCUGUUCCUGCUGUUCCUUGUGGUUCAUGUCUACAUUACUGCUCUCUGGCACUUGGCCAGCGUGAUUUCCGUGCUUGAGCCGGUCUACGGCCUCGCCGCCAUGAAAAAGAGCUACGAAUUGUUGAGGGGGAGGGCCCGUAUGGCAUUCCUGCUGGUUUUCUCCUACCUCACGAUUUGUGGAGUGAUUAGUGGGUUUUUUGGGCUGAUUGUGGUGAAUGGAGGGGACUAUUAUAGUGUUCUUUCCAGGAUUUUGGUCGGGGGAUUCUUGGUUGGAGUGUUGGUGAUUGUGAAUCUUGUAGGGCUUUUGGUGCAGAGUGUGUUUUAUUAUGUCUGCAAGAGUUAUCAUAAUCAGGGGAUCGACAAGACUGCUCUUUAUGAUCAUCUGGGAGGAUAUCUUGGGGAAUAUGUGCCUCUCAAGAGCAGCAUUCAGAUGGAGAACUUGGACGAUGAUACAUGACCGCCUUGCUCUGGUGAGAAAGCCUAAAACUCUAUGCUUUCUUCCACACUUGUUGUAAGAACUGAAAUGUGACAUGUAAAGAAGAAGAAUUAUCAUCAAACGAUUUCCAGUUCGAUGCUCCCUUGAAAGCUUGUAUGUGUUUCUAACGAUAUCCAGUUCGAUAGUCCUUUGCCUGUGUACUUGUUGAAAUUUGUUCCAUACAUUGAUGAUUAUCGUCAUUUUCCGGUGAACUUGUUGAAAUCUGUUCUAUACCUUGAUUAUGGCAUUGUGUUCUUUGUUUUC